GCAGGUGUGGACCAGCCCCACCUGGGCCCGAGUGUGCAGAGGAUGGAAACACUCCUCCAGCAAUGUCUCUGGGCCGCCUCCUUCGCCGGGCCUCCUCCAAAGCCUCGGACCUCCUGACCCUCACCCCGGCUGGCAGCGGGCCCCUCUCUGUCCUGGAUGGGGAGAUCAUCUACUCUAAGAACAAUGUCUGCGUGCAUCCGCCCGAGGGGCUGCAGGGGCUGGGGGAGCACCACCCAGGCUACCUGUGCUUGUACAUGGAGAAGGAUGAGCUGCUGGGGGCCACUCUCAUCCUUGCGUGGGUCCCCAACUCUCGGAUCCAGAGGCAGGACGAGGAGGCACUGCGUUACAUCACCCCCGAGAGCUCCCCCGUGCGCAAGGCACCCCGCCCACGGGGUCGGCGUGCCCAGAGCUCAGGGGCCCCUCACCAGCCCUCCACCCCGGAGCCAAGGCCCACCCUGAUCCCAAGAGAUGAGGACAUCCUGGUGGUGGCCCAGAGCAUCCGGGACACUGCGCACAUCAGCCCUUCCCCAGAUGAUGGGGAGAAGCUGGCCCAGGGCCUGGGAAUGGAUGGCCCCCUCGCGGCCUCGCAGCCGGCCCACAGCGACUCUGGGAUCUUGUCUGCAGUCAGUUCGCAGGAUGGGACUGAGGAGGGGCGGGAGCUGCGGCCCGAGGCCGGCGAGGAGGAGGGCUCCUUGGAGUUGUCGGCUGACAGCGUGAGCAGGGACAGCUCCUUCGACUCGGAUUCUGAUGCCUUCUCUUCCCCCUUCUGCCUCUCGCCCAUCAGCGCUGCCCUUGCGGAGAGCAGCGGCUCCGUGUUCCUGGAGAGCGAGAGCAACCCCCCCUCCAGCGCGGACGCACCCCUGCGCUUCCCAGACAGCAACGGCCUCCUGCAGACGCCGCGCUGGGACGAGCCGCAGAGGGCGUGUGCCCUGGAACAGAUCUGUGGCGUGUUCCGUGUGGACCUGGGGCAGAUGCGCUCCCUCCGCCUUUUCUUCAGCGACGAGGCCUGCAGCAGCGGCCAGCUGGUUGUGGCCAGCCGGGAGAGCCAGUACAAGGUUUUCCACUUCCACCGCGGCGGCCUGGACAAGCUGUCAGACGUGUUUCAGCAGUGGAAAUACUGUGCCGGGACGCACCUCCAAGACCAGCAGGCCACCAACAAAAAGACAUGCAUGCAGUUCUCCAUCCGACGACCCAAACUGCCCUCGUCCGAGACGCACCCCGAGGAGAGCGUGUACAGAAGGCUGGACGUCUCCGCCUGGCUGCGCCACCUGAACGAGCUGGGCCAGGUGGAGGAGGAGUACAAGCUGCGCAAGGCCAUUUUCUUCGGCGGCAUUGAUGUGUCAAUCCGGGGGGAGGUCUGGCCCUUCCUGCUGCGUUAUUACAGCCACGAGUCGACAUCGGAGGAAAGGGAGGCGCUUCGGGUGCAGAAGCGGAAGGAAUAUGCAGAGAUCCAGCAGAAAAGGCUCUCCAUGACUCCUGAAGAGCACAGAGUGUUCUGGCGCAACGUGCAGUUCACCGUGGACAAGGAUGUGGUUCGGACAGAUCGGAGCCACCGGUUCUUCCGAGGCGAAGGCAAUCCCAACGUGGAGAGCAUGAGGAGGAUCCUGCUGAACUACGCCAUGUACAACCCGGCCAUCGGCUACUCCCAGGGCAUGUCAGACCUGGUGGCACCCAUCCUGGCCGAGGUCCUGGACGAAUCAGACACCUUCUGGUGCUUUGUGGGUUUGAUGCAGAACACGAUCUUUGUCAGCUCUCCUCGGGACGAGGACAUGGAGAAACAGCUGCUGUACCUGCGGGAGCUGCUGCGGCUGAUGCACCUGCGCUUCUACCAGCACCUGGUCUCGCUGGGCGAGGACGGCCUGCAGAUGCUCUUCUGCCACCGCUGGCUCCUGCUGUGCUUCAAGCGGGAGUUCCCCGAGGCUGAGGCGCUGCGCAUCUGGGAGGCCUGCUGGGCCCACUACCAGACAGAUUACUUCCACCUGUUCAUCUGCGUGGCCAUCGUGGCCAUCUACGGGGAUGAUGUUGUUGAGCAGCAGCUAGCCACCGACCAGAUGCUCCUGCACUUUGGAAACCUGGCCAUGCACAUGAAUGGGGAGCUCGUUCUGAGGAAGGCGAGGAGUUUGCUGUAUCAGUUUCGCCUCUUGCCCCGGAUCCCCUGCAGCCUGCACGACUUGUGUAAGCUGUGUGGGACCGGCAUGUGGGACAGCGGUUACAUACCCGCUGUGGAGUGCACGGGCCACCACCUGGGGUCGGACAGCUGUCCCUAUGGGGGCAUGGUGGAGACACCAUCACCCAAGCCCGCCAGAGAAGGCAAGAAGGGCCCAAAGACGCUGCGGGAAGGCUUUGGUGUCCGCAGAUAGGUUGGGCUCCCUGCGCUGGACGAGGGUUGAGGGGACCUCGCUGGAGGUCCCGAGCAUGUGGGAGGGGUGGGGAUGGGCAUGGAGGGGACAGGGGAUGGUAGAAACUAAAGAAAAUG